CGGUUGAGUAUCGUGAGAAAAACAACUGAGCUACCAGGCCUUUUUAUGACAAUCAACAAGCGAAACAAAAAUGGCGGCAAAUACGAACGACGAAGYAGUCAUCAAACACGUAACAAGAUCUCUCGUGGAAAUGCAGAAAAAUCUCGAAUGCUCAAUAUGCUUAGAUCUCUUAAAUAAUCCUCAUUCUACGAAGUGCAAUCACCAGUUUUGCUGGCAUUGCAUCAGCAGUGUUAUUGAAAAAACAAAUAAGAAGUCAACUAAUCAAUGUCUGUGCCCACUGUGCAAGAACCCUGUAUCCCGUCGAAGUCUUACAGCGAAUCCAAGACUUGCAGACAUUGUAAAAGCUGUGUCCAGCUUACAAGAAGCCAUUUUAAAGGACACAAAAGACAUUACAACAGAUUAAUGGCUAUGUUAUGGUUGUGGAAAAACAGAUUUUCUAAUGAUCAUUUACUUAAUACAUGGUUUUCAUUGCAUAAACACUAUUAAGAAAGGGUGGCUUACAUUAUGAAGGAUUAAAUGCAGCUUACGGGUAAGAAAAAUAUGUUGUUUUGACCAAAAGCCAAGUUUUAUGAUUCUGGGCAUGGUUUCAAAAAUAGCAAAAUGUAGAUGUAAAUAUUGCUUUCAAAAAAGUAUAUAUGAUGAUUUAAUACAAGAGAAUUUUAUGAUGAUUUUGUUUAGUGAAUUGUGUAUCAUUAAUGACUAUGAUAAUGAUAUAUUAUUAUCUUAACUAUCAU